UUCGGAAAAUCGUGAAUAUAACCUGCGAAUUCUUUCAUGACCAUAGUCAUAGACGUGAAUGCGAGAUAGAUACGGAGUUGAUCGAAAAAAUUUUUUGCGAUAGCGCACGCGUUUGCGUCUGACGAUUUGACGUUUCGGGAAAUUGAUAUGCCGGGAAUAUAGCGAGUCGGGAAUUUGACGGUCGGGAGAAUAACGAUUCCGGAAAAUGACACGUCCGGAAAAAUGGGUGGUCGGGAAUAUAGCGAUUUAAAAAUUUCAACGGUUCGGGAAACGAUGUAACAUCUCUUUGGUGGUAGCUGCAAUGUCCUUUUAUGAAACGUCGACUCAUAGAUAUAAUUCAAGAUAGAAAUGAUAGGUCAGAGAACAGAUUCCUUACGACAAGAAUUACGAGAAACUACCUGGCUGGAGAGAAAGUAUCAUCGUAAUUUGGCAUGGAACAAGAAUCGUCCAGUUCUCGGUGAAAUAAUAGAUAAUGAAUUCUACACGCCAGAAUUUGUCAAGACAAAGGCCAAGGAGCUGAAAAAAAAGUCGUUGUCCAUCAAUGAAUUUCAACAACUUCAAAAUGCGUUUUUACAAAGCAAAGAAAAUAUCAGUGCAUUCUUUAGCAUUGAUAAUAUUUUGGACGCUUUAGUUCGUGAACUUUCUGGUAAUAAUCCUGAGUGUCAGCUAGCCGCGGCAAGUUGCUGCUGCAAUUUGGCUCUGGGUAAUACUAAAACUUGCACCGCGCUGGCUAAGGCAACCGUACCCUAUCUGUUGGCGACUUCAUCUAGUAUCAAUUUUAAUCUCGUGGAUAUCUGCAUCUGGACUAUAGGAAACUUGGCUGCGGGAAGUGAAAAGGCUUUCAAAAUACUAUACGCCCAGGAUUGUUCAAGGAUCUUAGUUUCCCUGCUACAACGAUGCGACCUUGUAUUGUUGCCUUCGGUUAUUUAUGCUAUUAUGCAUUUUACAUAUAUUGGCUACAAAUACAUACAAGAUUCUGAGAUGAUCGAUGUAACAAGGGCAAUUAUUCAGCGGUACACUCAUUACCUUGACCCUAACAUGAUUUGGCUACUGGCGAUAUUAUCCUCAAAAAGCACGUGCAUUGAGUAUAUCCUCCCAUUACUGCCUUCACUUGUUGAAUGGCUACAUGUUGCUGUUAAAACUGAGUCCUCUGACGUUCUUUACACCACAGGUGUUGUCUGGAUUCUGGGAAAUAUUGUUAGUGAAACAUCAGGAGAAGCGGCAAAUAUUUUGCUAAAUAAUCGACAGUACAGCGAUGGAGAAAUGAAACUUCUUUUGGAUAAGUUAUUGCGGCAUCAACAUACCCAUUUACGAAGAGAGACAUUAUGGCUUAUAGGAAAUCUCUACAACCAUUCCAUACCACAGCUUGGUGGGCGAAUACGAGCUCUAAUUUUUGGAUUGUCAUCCUUGCGGAUGGCUGCAUUUUCUAUUGGAGCCUCAUUUUAAACUGGUAUAUACUCAUUGCUUAUAGGAGAUAAAAACGGCGUCUGUUGCGUCUGCAGAAUGGAGGAUGUGCCUGAGGAGCGA